CUCCAAUAAAUCUGCUCCAAUUUAAAGUUAUCGCUUAGAUUAACACAACCACACAAAACCCCAUGAUGUGUUUUAACCUGUGUUAUUUCAAUAUAGCGUAACUCGAGCUCUCAAAGUCAACAACUAUACUCUACUGGAAAGAAAAUCUGGAAGACCUUCAUUCAUGACCCGGAAGGAGAACUAUAAGAACUUCCUAAAUGGUGGAUCCACGUGUUGAGACUGUAGAAGAACAACAGUAGUGCGGGGGGAAAAAUGACACAAUUGGACGGGAUCGUAAAACCAAAAACAAAACGCUCAAAAAGGUUUCUCCAAAGCAGAGAGCCAAAGCUUGUCGAAAAUAUUAAAAAUGCCAUGCUUAUUAAGGGAGGAAAUACAAGCCAAGUGGUGACUCAGGCCCUAAAAGACAUUCAUUCCUUAAAGAAGCCAAAUGCAGUGUUAUACAAAAAAAAAAAUAUAACUAGACCCUUUGAAGAUCAGACAUCUCUUGAAUUCUUUUCAAAGAAGUCUGAUUGCUCUUUGUUUGUGUUUGGAUCCCACAACAAGAAAAGGCCGAACAAUCUUGUUUUUGGUCGCAUGUUUGAUUUCCACGUUCUUGACAUGUUUGAGUUGGGAAUUGAAAACUAUCUCUCUUUGGAAGACUUCAAGAAUGCUAAAUUUCCUGAAGGAACAAAGCCAAUGCUGAUAUUUGCAGGAGAUCUGUUUGAUACUGACAAUGAGCACAGAAGAUUAAAAAGUCUGCUAGUAGAUUUCUUCAGAGGACCAACAGUGCCUUGUGUUCGUUUGUCUGGACUGGAGCAUGUUUUGCACUUUACAGCACUGGAUGGAAAAAUCUUUUUAAGAAGUUACAGGGUUUUGUUAAAGAAAUCAGGAUGUCGUACACCAAGGAUAGAGCUUGAAGAAAUCGGCCCAUCAUUUGACUUCAAUUUACGUCGUGUUCAUUUAGCAUCAGAUGAUUUAUAUAAGAAGGCGCACAAACAACCUAAACAGCUGAAGCCAAAGAAGAAGAAGAAUAUUUCCCAUGAUUCCUUUGGAACAAAAUAUGGACGGUUACACAUGCAGAAACAGGAUCUGAGCAAAUUACAAACAAGAAAAAUGAAAGGAUUAAGAAAACGUCGUGGAGAAGUCACAGAAGAAGAGCAGAGUUCACCAAAAAAGGCAAAAUCCGACUAAAAACUGUUACUUUAAUGGGACUUUAUUGACGAGCAGUACUUUUUUGCCUGCCAGUGAAUGGUGACAAAAAGAGGAUCUAAACCGCUUAGAUCACAGCCAAAAAAAUGUGAUUUUCCUAUCUGUCUUGAUUUAUGGCAUGUCUAUGAAUGGUAACUACUCAAGUAUUGACACACACGGUAAGCUUAAAAUAUAAUAUGGUACACUAUAAUUUGUUUGGAAUGUGUUAUAUCUGAAACAGCCUAUGGGGAACAGAACAUGUUUGUUACUUUUUUGGAUUAAAAGAUAAAGUACUGCAGUUGAUAAUGUAGUAGAAAUGAUGUUGCUUUAUGCUGAUAUGUAAAAACAACCAACAAAUGCUAUUUUCUAGAAUCCUUCUCUGAAAGAUAAUAAAAACAUUUUAUUUUAUU